UCUCUCCUCUCUCCUAUGUUCACAACAAGCCCAGGCUGAGAAAUCAAGUAACCUGUGCCCCAAGACUCGCUCUCCAUCGGGAUAUACUUCCAUAAAUCUGGGGACAAUGAAGUGAAUCCCCUCGGCUAAUAAAGCUGCUUGAGGGUGUCAUUUUCCUGUGCGCCAUUCUGACGAACACCGCACCAAUAAGCAGCAGCGUUGCGUAAAGUAUUGACAGUCGAUGUUCGGACAAGUCCGGCGUGAGCGAGAGAAAAGAUUGUGAUUGGAAGAAAAUAUGCUUAGCUAGUGAGACCAUAAAGUUGAAAGAAAGUUGGAGCAAAGCAAAACGCCGCAGGUCUCCAUGUGAAUUCACGCGUUAUGCGUCAACGUUACUUUUUACCACGCGAUCUUUUUUUUUUUUUUUUUGCAACUAUCAGAGCAAAAUAGACAUGAAAGAAAAGGCUCUCGGAUUUGAAUGAAAAUCCCUUUUGCAAAUGCUGUAAAUACCUUGAACAAGCAGCUCGUCCCGGGAGCGUAAUUGAAUGAUGUUGCCAGAGGCAAACACCACAAUUGACAGGCGAUCAAGAUCAGAAUCUGCUGACAUAUGAGGAGUGUCGCUCCUCUCCAUACAACACAUCUGACUGAUUGUUAACCUUUUCAUCAGCGAUCAGCACUGUUGAAAAGGUUCACUUGGCACGUCUCAUCAGCCAAUCAGAUGUGCUGCCAAUCAAAUCCAGAAUUACAGCGUGAAGGCCAAUAGUCGCCUGAACUUGCUCACACACAAGUUCAAGAUGCUGCCACUGUUCCUAAAUGCUUCAUUGCGCCGUUCAGACCUUCAAGUGAUUUAGAACAUUCUUUGGUAUAGCAAAGAGGCAGCUGAAGCUUUAAAGACAAAAACGUAGAACAGGAAUUCAACAGAAACCAUAAAGAAAAAGAUCAGCAAUGUUUUGGCCUAUAUUACUCACCCUGCAGGCUGUGUGCACGAGUGUGACACAUGCAAUGCAACAUUACCCUGCAGCCUGGGGACACUAUGACGUGUGCAAGUCCCAGAUCUACACAGAGGAGGGCCUGGCAUGGGACUACAUGGCCUGUCAGCCAGAAGCCACCGACAUGACAAAGUACCUGCGAGUGGCCCUUGACCCUCCAAACAUCACGUGUGGAGAUCCGCCCGAGACGUACUGCGCUUUGGAGAAUCCUUACAUGUGCAACAACGAAUGUGAUGCUUCUACGGAGGAGCUGGCUCAUCCUCCUGAGUUAAUGUUUGACUUUGAAGGUCGAAAUCCCACAACGUUCUGGCAAUCGACAUCAUGGAAGAAAUACCCAAAACCUCUGCAGGUCAACAUUACGCUGUCCUGGAACAAGACAAUUGAGCUAACCGAUGACAUCGUUAUUACCUUUGAAUCAGGCCGCCCGGAGCAGAUGGUUCUGGAAAAGUCGCUCGACUACGGCCGUACCUGGACCCCUUACCAGUUCUAUGCCACUGACUGCCUGGAUGCUUUCACCAUGGAACCCAAGACAGUGAACGAUCUGUCCCAGCGCACCCUGCUGGACAUAAUUUGUACUGAGGAAUACUCCCGAGGUUAUGUGUGGAAGAAUGACAAGACCGUACGUUUUGAGAUAAAGGACCGUUUUGCUCUAUUUGCCGGACCUCGGCUACACAACAUGGCUUCACUGUACGGCCAGCUGGAUACCACUAAGAACCUGAGAGAUUUUUUCACAAUCACAGAUCUGAGGAUUAAACUACUAAAACCAGCUACUGGAGCCACCAUGGUGGAUGAGAACAAUCUAUCCAGAUACUUCUAUGCAAUAUCUGACAUCAAGGUACAGGGCAGGUGCAAGUGUAACCUGCAUGCCAACAGCUGUGUGUUUGACAAGGGAAAGCUGGGCUGUGAGUGUGAACACAACACCACAGGGCCAGACUGCAGCCGUUGCAAGAGGCACUACCACGGAAGAGCCUGGAGUGUGGGCUCCUACCUCCCGAUACCCAAAGGAACUGCAAAUAUAUGCAUUCCCAGCAAUCAUGGACCAAUGGAUCGAGCAAAUGCUUCAUCUCUCGGUGUUGCAAAUCGCAACCAAGCUCGGGUGUGUGACAACGCGAUGCUGCGCUGUCAGAAUGGCGGCACGUGCCACCACCAUCAGCGAUGCCACUGUGCCCCCGGCUUCAUGGGUGUCCUGUGUGAGAGAGCUCGAUGCCAGGGUCCCGGAGAGUGUGAUGACCAGCUUUCUGGACGGGCAGCGCUCCAUCAUCCCCCCCUAGACCGUUGGCAUUUUCUUCUCCUUGUAAUGCUCUUGCUUUCAGUUGUUUCUCUUUGCUGAGAAGCUUGAACCAAAAUCCUCAAAAUAAAACCCUAAGACCCCAAAUGCUGAGAAGGAACUCUCAACCUUAUGGACAUGAAAAAAACAAGAAUGUGAGGACAAUGUGCUCAGUAUAAGCAACUCUUUUGUAUAUCCAAGACCAAGUUGGUGGGUGAAGAAGAAAUUAGUGCAGCAGGUUUAAAGACAACAAGAUUUCUGAAAGGCUCAGUGAAAAACGAUACUGUUUUUUUGUAACCUCACAUGAAAAGACUGUGGGCGCCCUUGCUGUGUGAUAAUGUCUUUCUCUUAUGAGCCAUCAGAGAAACUGGAGAUUUUCUGCUCAGACAAAGCAAGCCAGUUUCUGGUAACAAACUGUACAAAACAAAACACAAGAUUUCUAGGUAUCAUCUAAAGUAAAAUAAAAACAUAAUGUGGAGACAGACCUUUUAAAGGAAUAGUUUGGAUUUUAGAGAUAUUAUACGUAAUAGUGCACUUACCUGUAGAAGACUCGUCACAGUUAAGUGAGUUUGAUGAAAAAUGAUAAAUCCCUCAGGUUGAAUGCUAUCAGCUAGACUCGUCAGGCUACAAGAAUAUUUUUCCACAAUUUCAAGACAGCAAGUGACAGAAAAAUGUUACUCAAUAACUCUCGUCUGGUUUAGAUUUUCAACACUGACUGGCGCGGCAAUGAUGAUCAAGCAAUGUGAUACCAUCCUUAGUACCCAUAAUUUCAGGCAGUAGUACAGACAUUGUUCAGCUAAGGAUACUAUACAUCUGACAUUGGGUCAUAUUAUCUAAUGAUAAUAAAACCUUCUAAUAUAGCAUUGUAUCCAUUAGAUAUCUGUUUUCGUUUGAUACUCAUAUCCAGAAAUGAUGCUAGUAUUGUCAAAAUAGUUUCCCCUUCUGACUAGCUGUUAGCCUUUCACUGCUCUGAGUUCUUUACUUUUCUGAAAAAUUACUAAACUAACAAGUAAGGGAGCUAUUAUUGGUAAUACUGUCACAGCACCUCACUUAUAAAAAUCCAAAUUAUUCCUUUAAGACAUCUUGUCUCACUGCCUCCCAUUUUCAUACUUACAUUUCUUGAACGCCACCCACCACCAUUAACCCUCACCCACCCACCACCCAACCAACCCUUUCUGUGCUUUAGUGAUGCCAGUGAUUUACUUUGCUGCUGCAGGGUGUCUGUUGUUUUGCCAUAAGAUACACAUGUAUUACUAUCAAUCCCUCCCCACAAUUUCCAGUCUAGUAUAUUUUCAUUUGCCAAGGCUUUGUAGUAUUGCUUGAGCUCACCUGUAUCUGAAAAAGUUGUAAAAUACUGUAAGUGUAUUUAAUUUUGUAUAAAACAGAUAUUUUCAUGAUUAUGCAAAACAUAAAAAGAUGUAUUACUUGUUUUUUACUGCUGCCGACCUGUCCUUCACCAAAUGUGGACUAAGAGUGACUAAGGAAAUUGGUUGUGUUAUGACUAUUAUUUUUCGCUUGUGGGACACAUGGUUCUCCUUGUUUGAGAGCUGUUGUCAGAAUAUGUUUACAUACACGCCCAUACAAUACACUUUCACCAAAGCGCAAAAGAAAAAACAUGUUUUUGUCUUGUUGUGGAACAGUAGUCAUUUUAUUAGGCAGAAACAUGACAUUUGAGACAAGAUGUGAAAAAGAAAUUGUUUACUAUUCAUUGAUAAAUGCAGGCAAAUGACAAAAGCUGAAUGUCAUUUUAAAGAUUUCUAAAAAGCUAUCAGUUUUGAUCAUUAACUAUUUCACUGAUGAUCCAGUUGCUGAUAAUAAUACAGCAGGCUGCUCUGUAACACAUCCCUGUUGUGCUUAUGAAGGAAUCUUGAGCUGAAAUCCCAUCAAUUUUAUGUAAAUUUGACAAAAGGGGAAGGGAAGAUUGCAUGGCUGCUGCAGAGGUUGUCCAGCUCAAAUCUGUAAUCAGAUCUAAUCCUCGAAUCAAAUGAGAAUAAGGGGGAAGGUUUUUCUGAGCUGCUGCAGAUGAAAGCCAUGCAUCCUGCUGCGGGAGCUGCCACAUAGCCACACGCUCAGGAAAUGAGCUUUAAUUUGUGGAGGGUCAAUGAAUAGAAAUGAAGUUGCGUCCCAUGGGGUGACAUAUUGAGAACUGAGACCAAAUUCAUUGGAGGGAUUAAUUUUACUACUGAGGUUGUCAUGAAACGCCUAAUUGUGCUAGAGUUUAAUGUAAGUGCCUCUCAUUAAACGUCGCUAUCUCUGAUAGAAAGCAGUAGCCUUUUUUUGUGAAUGAGAAAUUAGAAGAUUCUGUUUGUAAUGGGUUAAUCUACUGUAUAAAACCACUUAAAAGGGAUGGGUAUUAUUUUUUAAGAAAAUAUGACAUUUUUGGAAGAGUUAACAAGAUCUUGUGAUGCACAUAAAUCUACAAAGAAUAACACAAGUAAUAGAUCUGUGUUUGUCAUUUUAUUUAGAAAAAAUAAAUGAUCAACAUCCA